AUGUCAACCUGGAACAGAUUAAUUAGAUUCGUCGCAAAUGAUGGCAAAAUCUACAGAGGUGAGCCAAUUGUCUCUGAUUCCGACUACGAUGUCGGAAAGUUGUUCGCUGCUGGUGAAACUAUUAAAGCUAAGGUCAUUACUGGUGAAAACAUCUUCACAGACGCAUCAGUUACGGACGAAAUCUUAGAAGUUAAAAAAUUGUUAGGUCCUCUUACUCCCGACGAUGUUCCAAUAAUAAAGUGUGUUGGUUUAAACUAUAUGAAACAUAUCCAAGAAGGUGGAAGAACCCCGCCACCUUAUCCAUCUAUCUUCUACAAACCUCGCUUCUGUGUUGCGGAUCAUGGUGAACCAAUUCCAAUUCCAAAGAUCGCUCAAAAAAACCAAUGUGACUACGAAGGGGAAUUAUGCGUUGUCAUUGGUAAAACAGGAACUGACAUCAAGGAAGAAGAAGCCUUGAGUUACGUCGCUGGUUAUGCUUCAGGUAACGAUGUUUCUGCACGUACUUGGCAAAGAGAUCCAGCCCAUGCAGGUGGUGUUCCUCAAUGGUGCUUCUCAAAGAGUUUCAACAAAUAUGCACCAUUAGGUCCGGUUCUUGUUUCCACCAAAAUCAUUUCGGACCCAGGUGUUCUUCAACUCCAGACCAAGGUGAACGGUGAACUUCGUCAAGAUACCAACACCGACGAUCUCUUAUUCAACAUUCCAAAAAUCAUUGCUUUUAUCAGUCAAAGUACCACCUUAGAAGCCGGAACUGUCAUCAUGACAGGUACUCCAAGUGGUGUUGCUAUGGGUAUGAAGGAACCCAAAUAUUUAAACAACGGUGAUUUGGUUGAA